CUCAAGCACCUCAGCGGUCUCUAGAACACUGCUGCCGCUGGUCACUACAUCCUCUACGAUCAGACAUCUGCCACCGGGGUGGAUGGUUCCCUCGAUGAGACGUUUCGUUCCUGGUGGAUAUCAAAAUACAAAUCAAUACAGAAAGAAGCGCUGGUCAUGUGAUGAGCUGACAUCUGAUCCACUUCUACAUUUCUGAGGCAGAAUCAUGAAGAGAAGACUUCUGCUGGUAUCUAACUCCACUCUUCACGGAGGAGGAUAUCUUCAACACUGUCAGCAGCAGAUCCAAGACUUUUUUGGAAAGAAUGUAAAGCGGAUCCUGUUUGUCCCGUAUGCACUGCAUGAUCGAGACGCCUAUACCAAGACUGCAAGAGACAAGUUCAAGACAUUGGGCUAUGAGGUGGACAGUGUCCACGAGACACCAGACCCUGUGGAUGCUGUCAGGAAAGCUGAAGGAAUAUUCAUUGGCGGCGGUAAUACAUUCCGCCUGCUGAAAGCUCUCUAUGACAGCAAGCUGGUAACUGAGAUUAGAAAGAGAGUUUUAGAGGAUGGGAUACCUUACAUGGGAUCAAGUGCAGGUACCAAUGUCUCCACCAUCAGCAUCAACACCACCAAUGACAUGCCCAUCGUCUAUCCACCCACGUUUGCUGCCAUUGGUUUAGUGCCCUUCAACAUUAACCCUCACUUUCUGGAUGCUGAUCCCAACAGCAAGCAUAUGGGGGAAACACGUGAACAGAGAAUUGUCCAAUACCACGAGGAGCUGGACACACCAUGCGUGCUGGGUCUUCGGGAAGGCUCAAUGCUCUUAGUGGAGGGAAACAAAGCCACCUUACUAGGGAGCACCAAAGCACGCCUGUUCCAGAGGGGGAAGCAAACUACAGAGCAUGACCCGGGCAGUGAUCUCAGCUUCUUACUGACAGAAGCACAGUGAGCUGCUACAUUAUGUGCAACUCAAACAUUUUUACAAUAAACAAUAAAAAAUCCACAAUUAA